AUCACAUUCGUAUUAAGAAUAAGACAGCUAUGUCUAACUAGAGUUUGCUCUUACAGUCUAAGGUCUAUCACGACCACGAAGAGAAGAGUCUACUUCAACAAAGCUUUUCGUCUAUCAGGAAAUUGUCCUCAGCCAUUGUCAGACCAGUUAUGGCCUUCUCGAAACGCUCCCGAGUCUCUCAGCCACCCAGUAGAGAAACCCCCGAAGCAGAACGUUGCAAAACUACGAGAGACGAAACUAUAUCGAUGCAGCCUACGCUCAAGCCUUUUGUCACGCUGACGAAAUCCAUCAGGUCUCCGAAGAUCCAACUUGUACCUCAUGCUCCCUGCGCCAGCUUCAGUAUCCCUCUUUCUACUCUUGAGCAAGAUCUACUGAAUAACACCCAUUUCGAUAAAUUGGACAUGUCGUCACAGGAUUUUGAUUUUGAGGAUAUAUUCACUUACAGCAAACCUCAACGUAAACUUUCAAGAGUCGUUGAAGUCUCGCUACGAGGUAGAAACCCUUGAGCCUAAUCAUAAACCCCCUUCCAAGCGCUUAACUAUCCUGCUUUUUGAGAAGUUAAGGGUUAUGACACAUGGUGUAUUCGCAGACAAGCAAAGUGGAAGCAAUGUGUUGGGGGACGAAAGUGACACCAACGAGAUAUGGUGUGAAUAUGCGCCCUAUUCUAGAUCAAGUUAUCUAUCACCAUGAGAUCUAGGAGAGCGCCAGGCUAGACGAUAUGAUUGUACUGGAAAACAAUUCUACUGCCUCAUAUGGCAUGUUGGCUGUUUUGGUUUCUCGUCUCCUUCAUAAGUAUUGG